AAAAAAAAACAUUUUUUUUGUGAAAAAUGUCAAACGCAAUUUAAAAAACAGCAACCAAAACUGCGAAAUGUUGUACCGUUCAGUAUUUUAGUGUUUUUAAAUUAAAAUUCAAUGAUUGAUGAUGCAAAAAUAUUUACGACGGUUAAUAGCACCUAAGUAAACAUAUCUAGUUGCGGACGUAUAGUGUUAUACUAAUUUUAAAGAGAUGAGUAAGAUGUGUAUCGGUCGUAUCGGUGUUGUGUAUUAUUAGAGAAAAAUAAUACUAAAACAGCACAUAAGUCGACUGACUGAUGUUUACUUAGUUAAUAAAAAGGGAAAGAAUCAUUUUUCCGUUGUAUUGUUAUCGCUACGUCGCUUAUCUUAGACCGUCAAUCGUGCCGGUUUUGUAAUAAAUUAAUUUUCGGAACGGAGUUAGUAUAAUUGUGAGCUCUUGAGACGUGUAUAGUUGCGGCAACGAAACACAACGGUGACAAAAUGCCAUUGACAAUACUGGUAACUGGUGGUGCUGGAUAUGUGGGAUCACAUACGACAUUGGAAUUGCUGAUUGCUGGACAUGCUGUGGUUUGUGUCGACAAUUUGAGCAAUGCCUACAAAGACGGUACGGCUGCACUUCCAGAAGCAUUGCGACGUGUUCAAAAUAUUACGGGACAACAAGUGGUUUUCUAUCCCGUUGAUAUACGUGACAGUGAUGGGCUCAGGAAUAUUUUCAAAAAGCACAAAAUCGAUUGUGUCGCCCAUUUUGCUGCUCUGAAAGCUGUCGGCGAAUCAUGCCGACAACCAUUGCAAUAUUAUCAGAACAACAUAACUGGCACCGGCAUUUUAUUGGAAGCAAUGGCCGAAGCGAAGGUGUUCAAGCUUGUCUACAGUUCCAGUGCCACGGUUUAUGGUGAACCGAAAUUUUUGCCAAUUACCGAAUCUCAUCCCACCGGUGACUGUACGAGCCCGUACGGAAAGAGUAAAUAUUUCGUCGAGGAAAUUUUGAAGGAUUUGUGUUCAUCGGAUGAUCGAUGGUCUGUGAUAUCUCUGCGAUAUUUCAAUCCUGUUGGUGCUCAUUCAAGUGGCUCGAUCGGCGAAGAUCCGAACGGUGAACCGAACAACUUGAUGCCAUACAUAUCGCAAGUGGCGGUUGGCCGACGAAAAGCGUUAAACGUUUACGGCACCGACUAUGAUACCAAAGAUGGAACUGGUGUACGUGACUAUAUUCAUAUUACAGAUUUGGCUGAAGGGCACGUAUGUGCUCUCAAAAAAUUGGGAUUGGGUGACGUCAAAGGUUUCGUGACGUACAACUUGGGAACUGGAAUUGGAUAUUCGGUGUUAGAGGUUGUCGAAGCAUUUGCUAAGGCUUCUGGCCGUAAAGUUGCGUACAUCGAAUCACCGAGACGACCUGGCGACAUUGCCACAUCUUAUGCCGAUGCAGGUUUGGCCGAAGAGCAGCUCGGCUGGAAGGCAAAACGGGGAUUGAAAGAAAUGUGUGAAGACACUUGGAAAUGGCAACGCCAGAAUCCGAACGGAUUUUCUCGAUCUCAAUUAUAGACAGGCCAGUAAUGUGUUUUACGUAGACAUCGGUUCAAUUAAACGAAUAUACAUAGAAUUUAGAGGUGGAUGUUUAGCUGAGAAACAUCAUGUGAACACACUACUUUACCUAUGCAUUUCACGAUACAAAUACAUUCAAACGAAUUUUUAGACACUUGUUCCAAAUACAUUUUAUUGCCAAAGCGUUAGGUCAUUUUAUUUUUUGUUUGCAAUUUUAUUUUAUGUUUUAACUUAACAUUUUAGAUGAAUUUUAUUUUUUUCUUGACGUCGUAUAUUAUCGUUAUUUUACAAGAAACGCACACGCAUGUGCCAUAUAUUUUUUUACUUUUACUUUAAUUUGUUCGCUUGAAUUUUUUUUUUAAAUUAAUUUAGAAUUUAUUAUGAUUUAGAACAUUCUGACCAUUUAUGUAAUGUUGGUUGUCCUUGUGUGCCAUUUUUAACUAUUAUUUACGUUGUACGUUGUAAAACCAAAAAAAUGAAAAAUGUAAAUCUUGUAAAAUGAUCCUUUUAACCUAAAAUAUAUAACGUCUAUCCAGUUGAAA